CACGCAGGUCUUUCGUUCGCUCUCCCAUUUGCGCUAGACGUACUUUCAAAUUCACAUCGCAAGUAAGCCACGUGAAAAGUAACGUCAUGGACAAACCAGUUGUUUUGGCGCGCGUCAUCAAGGUCCUGGGCCGUACCGGCUCGCAGGGCCAGUGUACGCAGGUGAAGGUCGAGUUCCUGGGCGAGCAGAACCGCCAGAUCAUCAGGAACGUGAAGGGCCCGGUACGGGAAGGCGACCUCCUAACCUUACUCGAGUCCGAGCGCGAGGCGAGGAGGCUCCGGUAACACGGGACAGCAGCUUUAAUCGACAAAACGGUCGCCAGCCACCACCGGGAUCUCACCAUCUACGGAUUCAUCCAUCCAUGGAUCCCUCGCACGUUGGGUCUCCAUCCAUUGAAUCACGCCGAUCACCAGCGAUGGGGUUACUCCUGACACGUGCCUGCCUUGCCUGGAAGGGAUACUGCCGAUCGCGGGAUUGUAUCGCGCACCGCAUUUGGAAACAUUCCUGUUAAACACAUGAGAAUUCCACAAUAGUUCCACAAUAAAUCGCAGCUGGUAACCACAGA